UAGAGUUGCAAAUAAAGACUUAAAUUUAUUCGAAAUACAGAUACCAUCAAAGAAAUUUCAGUGCUAUAAAAAUAGGAGUCUGCAAUAGUUAUCUUAAGCUUGCGCUUCAAUACGCAAGAUUUAAUCGCUAUAUCAACAUUGAGAGAUAAACUGUGCUUGUGUUUAAUAUUUGUGGCAUUGUUUUGCAUGUUUAUUUAUCGUUUUUUGCAUAAUGUGAAUGGUAUUUUAUAUUUCUAGAUAGUAAUGGAGCAGAUAUCAGUCUGUUCUAUGUUUUUGAAAACACAAGUAAUCUAUCUUGUAAAAUGCUUGGACCCAAAAAGUAUACUAUAUGUUUGCAUAAUUGUUUUAGUAACUCUAUGGUUUUACUGGUUGUUUUUUGUACCUUUUGUGUGGAAAAAGUAUUUGGACAAUGUAAGUUACUUCAAAGUGUCCCUAACAGAAGGUUUCUGUCGUAAUGAUCAAAAGCGCGAUGCAAUAAACCGCAUACGAAAAGCGAAAAAAAACAGUUCAAAUGAAAUGCCGCCACCAUUUCCAAACGGUUGGUAUGGUAUUCUAGAAUCAUCGAAACUCCAACCCGGUGACGCAAAGUUUAUAGCAUGUUUGGGAGAGAAACUUGUCGUCUAUCGCACACAUGAGCAUAACGUUUUCAUUUUGGAUGCAUAUUGUCCGCAUUUAGGAGCCAACUUAGGCAUUGGUGGGCGAGUUGUUGGCGAUAACAUUGAAUGCCCAUUUCACCAAUGGAGUUUUCGGGGUGAAGACGGGGGAUGCAAUAAUAUUCCAUAUAGCACUUCGAUUCCUCGAGGUACCAAUGUUAAAAAAUGGAUUUCGCAGGAAGUUAAUGAUUUUAUAUUUAUUUGGUACCAUGCUGAGUCUUCGGAGCCUUGGGAGCUUCCUGUACCUAUGGAAGCUCAGAAAAAAAAUGUUUACCAUGGGCGAAAUGAAUUUUACAUCAAUUGUCAUAUUCAGGAGAUACCAGAAAACGGCGCUGAUAUGGCGCACUUUGCCGCUAUUCACAAUGAAAGCUUUCUUUCUGGUAGCUUGGCACCCAGAAUUAGUGUUCUGAGCCGGUUUGGAUGUCAUAAAUGGAAUGCAAGUUGGUUUCCAACAACAGGAAAAGAUAAGCAUAUUGCUGAAAUAGCUCUCACUCACUCCCUAAAAAUAAUUGGAAAGGUUAAUUGUUUUCAGAUGAAAGUCUCCGGGAAACAGAUCGGACCGUCCUACGUUUACCUAACAAUGAAUUCAUCCACCUUUGGACAAAUCCAAAUCUUGCAAACGAUAACACCAAUUGAGCCUUUACUGCAAAAAGUGGUCCAUCGAUUUUAUGGACCACGUUGGCUAGGUCCCCUAUUGAAAGUAUUUAUUUACGGAGAAAGUAUAAUGUUUGAACGCGAUAUUAAUAUGUGGAAUCAUAAAGUUUUUCGCCGAAAUCCGAUACUAGCUAAGGAAGACACUUCUAUUAAGCAAUUUCGAGUUUGGUAUUCACAAUUCUAUACAUCCAAUAGCAAACAAUUCUCAGACGUGGGCAACGUAGAUUGGUAAACGUGAAAUGCGAAUAUAAAAUUUCAAGCAGUAUAUGUAAACUCAAACAAAAUUGAGAAUUUUAAGGAGACAAAGAAUGACAAUUUUUCUACAGUGUUGUUCGGUGCUUACUGUCUGUCUUUGAAUAAAAUUCAUAGUAAAGCUUCUGGUACAUACAUAUAUGUAUGUAUAUAUGAUGAGAAUUAAUCAAGGCGUUUGGGUCAGAAGCGGUAAAUAAGCUAAGUAUAGAAAUAGUCAUUUGUUUAAAAUUAUCCAACAGCCAAAAAAAACCCCUGUCAUCAAACACACGUUUUUUGUAAAUGGUUAAAUUUAUCCACAUAACUUAACUAUGAUUCACCUAGUUCUAAUGAACUUUACAAUCAGCCCCCAAAACUUUGUAGCUUGACCUUACCGUCUGGGAAAUGUAAAGCUCUCAAUAUAGUGCUGCAGCAGGUAUAACAAGAGUAAAGAAUACAAAUGAUAGACAAACUUUUAGAGUAUCAAAAUAUUUUUUUUGUAAAAUCAAUUAAAUUGAUAACGAUGUUCAA